CCCACCAUGGCCCCGCAGCAAACAGGUAGCAGGAAGCGGAAAGCGCCCGCGCUCGAGGCGGCCGCCGCGGGCUCGUCGUCGCAGGGCUCGGCGGCGGCGGCGGACGGAGACGGGCCGCUGCUGCCCAAGAAGCCGAAGCGGCCGGCGGCAAGACGCUCGCUGCUGCACUACCUGAAGGGCCGCGAGGUGGGCGCGCGGGGCCGCGCCGGGCUCCCAGGCUUCGAGGGCGAGCUGCGCGGCUACGCGGUGCAGAAGCUGCCUGAGCUGCUGAGGGAGCGAGAGCUGGCGCUGGGCACCCUCAACAAGGUGUUCGCGUCGCAGUGGCUGAACGCCAGGCAGGUGGUGUGCGGCACCAAGUGUAACACGCUUUUCGUGGUGGACGUGCAGUCGGGUCAGAUCACGCGCAUCCCUCUGAUGCGGGAUCGGGCGCCCGGGCCGGCCCGGGCCCAGCCGAGCUGCGGCAUCCAUGCCAUCCAGCUAAACCCCUCCAAGACGCUUCUGGCCACUGGGGGGGAGAACCCCAACAGCCUGGCCGUCUACCAGUUGCCCACGCUGGAUCCCGUGUGCCUAGGAGACCGCCAUGGCCACAAGGACUGGAUCUUCGCCAUUGCCUGGAUGAGCGACACGGUGGCCGUGAGCGGCUCCCGCGACGGCACCGUGGCGCUGUGGAGGAUGGACCCCGACGUGUUCCAGGGCAGCAUCGCCUGGCACAACAACGCUGGGCUCCCCGUCUACGCCCACAUCCGUCCGCGGGACGUGGAGACCAUCCCCAGGGCCAGCACCAACCCCAGUAACCGCAAGGUGCGGGCCCUGGCCUUCAGCGGCAAGAACCAGGAGCUGGGAGCCGUGUCCCUGGACGGCUACUUCCACCUGUGGAAAGCGCGGAGCACCCUGACCAGGCUGCUGUCCAUCAGGCUGCCCUACUGCAGAGAGAACGUGUGCCUGACCUACUGCGACGAGUUGUCCUUGUACGCGGUGGGCUCCCAGUCCCACGUGUCCUUCCUGGAUCCGCGGCAACGCCAGCAGAACAUCCGGCCCCUGUGCUCCCGAGAGGGCGGCACGGGUGUGCGCUCCCUGAGCUUCUACCAGCACAUCGUCACGGUGGGCACGGGCCACGGCUCCCUGCUCUUCUAUGACAUCCGCGCGCAGAAGUUCCUGGAGGAGAAGGCCUGGGCCACCCCGCACUCCUCCCCGGGGCCCGCAGGGAGGAAGCUCAAGCUCACCUGUGGCAGAGGCUGGCUCAACCACGACGACCUGUGGGUGAACUACUUCGGUGGCAUUGGCGAAUUCCCCAACGCGCUCUACACCCACUGCUACAACUGGCCUGAGAUGAAGCUCUUCGUCGCUGGGGGGCCUCUCCCUUCAGGCCUCCAUGGGAACUACGCUGGCCUCUGGAGCUAAGGAUGGCUGUCCUGUCCUCAGAGUGCCCAGAUUUACCUUCCAGUCCCCUCUCAUGUUCCUUUUUCAGGCUGUGUUUGUGCUUUUGACUGUGGCUUUUAUCUUCCAGGUGGAAAGUGCCCAUCUUACCUCUGCUUAGUGUAUGAGGCAGAGAGAGAGAAGG